AUGAAGGACUUUCUGAACCUCGGAAAGAGCUACCGCGUCAUAACGAUACUCAUUUGCGUCUUUCUGGUUGCUCUGCUUAGCGUCUUCGUCGUAAAUUUGUUCGUCGGCAUUAUUGUCGAUGUGCUGGACCAAGAGCAGGCCAACAUGGAGUACACGGGGGGACUCAGGAGCGCAACAGUCCUCCGUUGGAACGAAAUGCAACGAGCCAUUUUCACUUCGAACCUUAUAACCGAUAUAGUGGAGAACCGCGGUGGCGAUAAGCGAGGUGGCGUCCUGCAUAGUGAGGGGGUGGAACCAAGAGAAUGGCUAAAGCGAAUCAUCACCAGCAAGCCAUUCGAUGCGGCAGUGGCUGUAAUUUCGCUUUUAUCUUGCUUGACAAUGUUGGCAGCAGGGGCAUGGGCAGAGAGCGAUAUCCGGUGGUCCUUUCCCAACUACCAAAUAUGGAUUUUCUGGAUAAACGCAGUCGUCGUUCUAGCAUACGUCAUUGAACAGUGCGUGCGGUUUGCCGUUUUCAAAAUGGCACUUUUUCGGAAGGGCAUUUACAUUAUGGACCUGGCGGUUGCUACAGUGGCUUUUUUGUUGCUUAUGAAUUUGUUCACGAGUACCGUGCUGAAGGGCUACGUGGAUGCAAAACGAAAUCAAUCUCUUUGGAAGGUAGCCCAGCUGCAACAUGAUUUGCUUAACAAAUGGAGAUUACGGGAACUGAAACUCAGCUGGCUCCCAGUUCACGUAGCUGUCCAAGUUCUGGCAGAACUACCUCCACCAAUAGGCUUCAAGGACCUUUACGUCGACUUGGGGCCUCGCCGCAUGCAGGCCAUUCUUGCAAAUUUGGCGGUAUAUCCUCUUCCCGUCCACGAGAACAAGGUGCACAUCAGAGACAUGGUGCUUACUACCACGUGCCGGGCCUGUGAGGCGCACGCUCAGCGCAGAGGACCGCUUGCUGCAUUUGAUCCUCUCAACAACCAGCAGAAGGUGGAACUAAACCCAAGGCUUGUGAAUGCAUGGAUGAGCCAUUUUAGCGAUGCUGCAGUGACGCCGGAAUUUAACAUCCUGCAAUAUCUCGCAGCGCUGCAAAUUCAAUCCUUCUGGAGGACACAAAGAUUACUACAACGCAAUAGUGUACCCGACCAAAUCAGAUACAUGCAGCACUUGCUGUUUCUUCUGGAAACGUCAGGGCCCAUUUGCGCGCGCAGACGGUCAAGGAAUGACUCCCGGCGUAGCACUCUUCGCCGCAAACGAGGGACUAAAACCGGAGGGUCGUUCAUGCAGAAAAGUGCUGUGCUCACUCAACUUGGGACGUUCAAGCUGGACCCGGAGAGCAGAGAUAGGCUUAAGAGCGUUUGGAAGAACGUAGCAUCUGGAUUUACGGGCAAGAAUCAAGGUCGAGGGCAGACAACUUCGGCAGUUCCAGGGCGAAUUCAGCGGCACUCUACGUCCUACGAAGACCGGUUUGCUCAAGAGGACCAGCGCCAACGCCAGAAGUUGCUGCUGCAUCGCAGUGAAGCAAGCGAAUGCCUCACUGACCUAGUAGAAGUAGGAAAGGAUUUAGCAAAGGAGCAGAAGCAUCAACGGCAAGAAGCGCAUUCUUGGAGAGCGGAGUACCCGGAGGAGAUCUCUUGCCCCUCUAAGAGCUCCGCUUCAAUCGUUGCUGCCACUCAGCUAGACUCACCAGCGGACAGUUCAAUAGCAGUCACGGGGUCACGCUUGUCUGUUACAAGCACGACACGGCUUCCCCUAGGAGCAACAUCUGCAGCUGAUUCUUCUGCAGAGGACCUACACCAUGCCUUGGACCGAAAAGCUACUACAGCUCCAAGGCGAUCAAGCAUGAGGGCACCUCAGCCGUUCUUGCCAGCGGAGCAGCCCCGUAGAAGCCUGCGGAUAGUCCCUGCUGCACCGAAGCUACAACGAAUAUCCACUCCUAACGCCGAUCGGCCCGAUAAUAUUGUUCCUCCAAGACGAAAAGGACAGUCUGUACAAUUUACGGGUGUUCAGAAGGUUGAGCUUCAACGGCUUCUAGCGCCAGCGCUAGCUCAGCAUAGCAGCAGCGAUUCGGAGGGCGAUGAAGACAGCAGCAGCUAG